UAGUUGAUUUUGUCAAACAUUUUCAGCAAGAAGCGCGUACCUUCCAUGUCGACGUUAAUUUUUAGUGUUAAUUUUAUUUUUCAAUAAUAUUAAUAUAAGACAUGUCACUUUACAAUUUUAAAAAAAUUCAAGUUGUUCCAACAUCCAAGGAUUUCAUUGAUGUUGUAUUAUCCAAAACUCAAAGGAAAACUCCCACUGUUGUUCAUAAACAAUAUCCUAUAAAUAGAAUUAGAAGUUUCUAUUUGCGAAAAAUCAAAUUUACACAGCAAAGUUAUCAUGAUAAGCUAACUAUUAUAAUUACAGAUUUUCCAAGGAUGGAGGAUGUGCAUCCAUUUUAUGCAGAUUUGAUGAAUGUUUUAUACGAUAAAGAUCAUUAUAAAUUAGCAUUAGGUCAAAUCAACACUGCAAGACAUCUGAUUGACAAUGUAGCAAAAGAUUACGCUCGCUUAAUGAAAUAUGGUGACUCAAUGUAUCGCUGUAAGCAGUUAAAAAAAGCAGCUUUGGGGAGAAUGUGUACAAUAAUGAAAAGGCAAAAUCAAAGUUUGCAAUACCUAGAACAAGUUCGACAACAUCUAUCUCGGUUGCCUUCUAUUGAUCCUAAUACAAGGACUCUCUUAUUAACAGGAUUUCCAAAUGUUGGUAAAUCUAGUUUUAUGAAUAAAGUUACUCGUGCUGAUGUUGAGGUACAGCCCUAUGCAUUUACAACAAAAUCAUUGUAUGUCGGGCAUAUGGAUUAUCAAUAUUUACGCUGGCAGGUUGUGGAUACUCCAGGAAUCCUGGAUCAUGCACUCGAAGAAAGAAAUACUAUUGAAAUGCAGGCUAUUACAGCAUUAGCUCAUUUACGUGCUUCUAUAAUUUAUGUGAUGGACAUAAGUGAGCAAUGCAGCAAAUCUCUCAAUGAGCAAAUAGAGUUGUUUAAUAGCAUAAAACCAUUAUUCUCAAACAAGCCAAUCAUUAUUGCAUUAAAUAAAGUAGAUAUUAUAGGUCUUGAUGAUUUACCUCAAGAAAAGAAAAAUUUAUUAAACCAAUUUCAGGAAGAAGGUAUACCUGUAAUUCCAAUGAGCACAAUAUCAGAGGAAGGGGUUAUGAAUGUUAAAGUAGAAGCAUGCGAUAGAUUGCUUGCACAACGAGUAGAGAUAAAACUAAAGGCAAAAAAUGUCAAUGAUGUUGUUAACAGAUUACAUGUAGCAGUUCCUAAGCCAAGAGACAAUAAAGAAAGGCCUCCUUUUAUACCAGAAGCUGUGAAAGAACAAACAAAACUAAUGGAUUCCGCUUCUAAGAAAUUACAGAAGCAUUAUGAGCAAUCUUUAUUGGAAGAUUAUAACUUUGACGAUAAGGCACUCUACUUUGUCAAAGACAACGAAAAGUAUGACAUUAUACCUGAAAUUUUGAAUGGGAAAAAUAUUGCAGAUUACAUUGAUCAAGAUCUUUUUGAAAAACUUGAACAGUUAGAAAAAGAAGAAGAACUUCGAGAGGCUGCAGGAGUUUACGAAUCAGACAUGGAUGAUAUGAAUUCAGAAGAGGAAGAAAUCCGAAAGACUGCUCAAGCUAUUCGUAAACAGAAAAAAAUUAGAGUUCAAGAACAUCGUGAAAAGAAAACUAAAGGAGGGAAUGCUUCAGUUUUGCCACGAAAGGCUUCUCUUAGAUUGGAGAGGUUUGGUCGCCCAAUGAAAAGAAAGGCUGCAAACGAUGAUGACGAUGUGGAUAUGGAAUCCAAUGAAAAUGGCUCCAGACUUGACAGUACGUCGAGAAAGUUAGCUAAGAAACGUAAGUCAGACUCUUCUUUAGCAAGAAAGUCUUCCAAUCAUCCCAGUCUUACUCUUCCUCGUGAUGUUUCUGGUAUACGUGAUCCAAUAAAACGAGCUAAAGCAAAGAAAGUGACACGGACAUUCCAAAGAAAAUUUAACUCACAAGGAAAAGCAGGAGAAUCUGAUCGCCACAUUCAUUCAAAGAUGCCGAAACAUUUGUUUGCUGGAAAACGCAAAUCAGGAAAAACUGAUCGUCGUUAAUGUAAAUAAAAUUAAAUUCAAAAAUGUCGUUAAAAAAAA